UGACUACGAUUGUUUCUAAUGUUCAUAAUAUGAAGACUGAAUUGAUAUUUUUUGCACAUAUUUAAAAAUAAAUGUUGCUUAAUAAAAUAGAAUAAUAUGACUUUGUUGACGGAAUCGAAGUCACAAAAAGAAGAAAUUGAUGAUCCUCUUGAACGUAUGCUAAAACAAACUGGAUGUAUUGAGCUACAUUAUCAAGUUGCGGAAUGUAUUGCUGAAACACAAGAUUGGCGAAAAUGUCAAGAUCAAGUUCAAAAGUUUAAAGUUUGUAUGGAAAAGUAUAGAAAAUCACGAGAAGAGCUUUAUAAAUAAGUAGUCAAUUGUUUGUUACAAUACAGAGAU